AGGCGGCAGCCAACGGGCCAUGGAGCAGCCCAAGAAGGCGGUGGUGGUGACGGGGUUCGGCCCUUUUGGGGAGCACACUGUGAACGCCAGCUGGAUCGCAGUCCAGGAGCUGGAGAAGCUGGGCCUCGGCGACAGUGUGGACCUGCAUGUGUACGAGAUUCCCGUCGAGUACCAGACAGUGCAGAGGCUCAUCCCUGCCCUGUGGGAGAAGCACAGUCCACAGCUGGUGGUACAUGUGGGGGUGUCAGGCAUGGCAACCACCAUCACACUGGAGAAGUGUGGACACAACAAGGGCUACAAGGGGCUGGACAACUGCCACUUCUGCCCUGGCUCUCAGUGCUGCGUGGAGGAUGGGCCUGAAAGCAUUGACUCCAUCAUCGACAUGGACGCUGUGUGCAAGAGAGUCACUAUGCUGGGCCUGGACGUCUCAGUGACCAUCUCACAGGAUGCUGGAAGGUACCUCUGUGACUUCACCUACUACACUUCUCUAUACCAGAGCCAUGGCCGAUCUGCCUUUGUCCACGUGCCGCCGCUGGGAAAGCCAUACAAUGCGGACCAGCUGGGCCGAGCGCUGCAGGCCAUCAUUGAGGAGAUGCUCGAUGUGCUGGAGCAGUCAGAAGGCAAAAUCAACUGUCGCCACAAACACUGAGGGCUACUUGGACCUCCCAAGACCUCGUCCUGCCGGGCGCCUCGGGAAGGGAUGCCUGCCCUCCAGGGCCUGGCCAGGAAGAACAAGCUGUCAGCCGGGGAUCCAAUUUCGAUGAAGCAUUCUGAUUCACACGCCUCCCUCUCCUCUUUUCUCCGAGAAAGUUAUGGCUGAUUUGAAGAAGGAGGUGGCUGAAGAUUUUUUUCUAUUUCCUUUUGCUUUUGCUAUGGCUGAGGGAGGGGCAGGCAGGCCCUGAAUUCCACAGGAAGUCCUAAACAAGUGAAUCUACAGUUGGUGGGCUGGAGGUUGAGGCCACCUAUUCUGUGCCCGUGGGCAAAGAGGUUCCAGAACUCUCCAUCCGCACCUGGUUUUCCUGAAAUUUAAAAACCUCAUGAGGAACCUUUCUCCUGAUCCAUGUUCCAACAUCCUGGACAGCCCCAGCAAGGGCCACCCUGGGAUAUGGUGUGAUAUUUUUCCUCUUUCUUCUUCUCUUUUUUAAAACAAUAGUGCUAGUUUGGAGCACUGAGUAAUCUAUAUUCCCUUUGGUUUAAAACUCAGACUUUAGCCAACAACGAAAGUGUCUUUUCUUUGUCUUGGGGUGUAACCCCUUUGCCUCCCACCCCGAAGCCUGGAUUUAAGACUUCACGUCUUUGUUUGGGGGCUGGCAUUGGGUCUCCUGGCUUUGUGGGUGAGGCAGCUGCCCCAGGUGUGGCCAUGGGGCUCUCAGCUGCCCCCAUGGGACCUCUGGAGCGGGCCCGCCAGUGAGAAAGUAUUAAGAUGUGCAAGUGACUUAUUGUUUUUUCAAUAUGUAAAAGAUUUGUAGCAGCUACAAAACUGGCCCAAGCUGGCCUGGAUUUUUGCAAUGUUGGUGCUGA